GGCGGGGGGGCGGUGACAGCUGACAGCGGCCCGCCCGAAACUUUCCCCGCCGGUAAAAUGGCGCCGCGAUGGGAUAAACUUUGUGGGGCGGGAAAGGGGGGGGGUUGUGGCGGCGGGGCGCGGCGGGCGGUGGUGGGUCACAGCAGCCGCACCCCCGCGGGGAUCGCCUCUCCGGGAUCGCUGCCCUUCGGGAUCUUGCAGGGAUCUCCCGCCGCCGGGAUCCGCCCAGCCCCGCCCCACGGAGAUCAGCCGGGAUCCGCUUGCAGCGGGAUCCGCUCGGUGCGGAUCCCGCGGGGUCUCCCCGGAGCGGGAUCCGCUCGGUGCCGGUGCUCGGUGUCCGGGCUUGGCCUGGCAGGCACGAGGGCGCUCCCAGCUCUGGGAUACCCGCUGGAUCCCCGGUGAUCCGCUCGGAGCGGGAAAAACUUGGGAUGUGGAUCCAUAAGGCUCCGCUGGGACCCGAGGGCUGGCCGGGGGAGCGGCGCCGGGAGCCGGGCAGCCAGGAGGCCGUGCUGCGGGCGCUGGACGCGGGGCUGGAGCGCUGCCUGGCGCUGCACUCGGCCGUGCAGUGCAUCCCCGUGCCCCGGCACAGGAAGCUCUCGGGCAAGGCGGGCAUUGAUGAGGUGAUGGCAGCUGCGGUGCUCACCAGCCUCUCCGCCAGCCCGCUGGUGCUUGGGCACCCACCGGCCACUCAUGCCCCAGAGCCUGGCAGCGAGGUCUGGAAGGAGGCUCCUGCCAUGUCCUCCAGCUGCAGCAGCAGCAGCAACACCAGCGGGGACUGGAGCUGGGACCCCUCCAGCGACCGAUCCACCCCCUCCACCCCCUCACCCCCCCUCUCCAGCCACGUCCCCAGCACCUUCCUGCCUGGCCCACUGCCGGAUGAGGGCCCUGAUGAGCCUGAUGGCACCCACUUCGUCUUUGGAGAGCCCACCCCACGGAAGAGGAAGAACUCCACCAAGGUGAUGUUCAAGUGCUUGUGGAAGAGCUGCGGCAAAGUCCUCAGCAGCUCCUCAGGGAUGCAGAAGCACAUCCGAACCAUGCACCUUGGCCGGAAAGCCGACCUGGAGCAGAGCGAUGGCGAGGAGGAUUUCUACUACACGGAGCUGGACGUGGACGUGGAGGCGCUGACCGACGGGCUCUCCAGCCUCACCCCGGUCUCUCCCACCUCCUCGGUGCCUCCCGCCUUCCCCGGCCCCGAGGCUCCUCUGCCCCUCCUCGACCUGGCCCUGGCCUCCCCCUGCAGCCCCCCGGGCCCCCCCGGCCGCUGCCACGUCCACACGGACCACGCGUACCAGGGCUGCCGGACCCCCCCACGGCCGCCGGUGUCCCCCACUGUCCCCACCCCGCCACCACCCAAGCCACCGGCCGUGCCCAGGCGGCCGCGGGGGGAGGCCAAGAAGUGCCGCAAGGUGUACGGCAUGGAGCACCGGGAGAUGUGGUGCACGGCGUGCCGCUGGAAGAAGGCCUGCCAGCGCUUCCUCGACUGACUGACGGAGCCCCGCCGCUCCCUCCUUCUUGCACAUUUUGCACUCGAGGUGCCUUCGCGCCCCCCCGGCCGCCCCCCGGACUCAGGGAACGGCCCCCCGAAAGCUUUAUGCACACACACAGCCCCCCUGCCACGGAGCUUGUCCCCCCCGCCUUGUUUUCCCUUUGAAAAUAAGCUAAAUCCAUCAAUCCAAGCCCGCUCCUUGCCGGGGGGGGCUGGCAGGGGGUGUCUGGCUGCUCCCGGCCCCCUCCCCGCUCCGGUUUGGGGACCCCCAUGGCUGAAAUAAGCUGUGCCUGUGGCCGGCAGGGGCUCGCAAAAGGGGGUGUCUGUUCCUGCCCCCCGCCUGCUCCCGGGGGGCAGCCCCAGUGCCCAGGGCAGAGGUGGGCGCCUGCCCCCCCCUCGCCCCCCCCAGGGGGGUUUUUACUCUUUGUAAUGUCAUUUCUCUCUCUCGUUUUGGGGAGCCCCUGCCGGGGCGAUGCCCCGGGGAAGUGCCUGCAGGAAUGCGCCCAUUUGCACUAAGCCAAACUGCACAAAGAGGGGUCUUUUUGUUUUCCUUUACUUUUUUUUUUUUUUCCUUCGUGUGGUUUUUAUUUUUUAAAUAAAAUAUAUGAAAAUUGGUAUUUUUACCUACUCCCUCCCACAGCACGAGAGCGCGCGGGCCGCGGCGCUGCGGCAGCGGGGUGCCUCCAGCCCUGGGCGGCUUUCAAGGGGUUUCAUUCACUUUAAACCCCCUUUUUACCCAAAAAACCCCCCCAAUUUUCCCCUCAAAACCCUUUCUCCCCUGUUGUCCUGUCAUUCUCCAGCCCAGGCAGCAGCUCGGGUUUGGCCAGGCCGUGGCAGCCUGCUCCUCUCCCCACGCAGGGAGGGGACAGGGGGUGGUGGCCCUGCCACCCUCCUGCCCUGUGGGAAGGUUCCCUUUGCAUCAGGGACCCCCCAUUGCAGGGUCCCCCCUUGCAGGGUGGGACACUGCUUCGGCCCCGUGGGUCAGGCUGGUGCUGUGCCCCCACUUGUCCCCUCCAGGGAUGUGAUGUAUCAGAUCCAAAAGGAAAAAAAAAAUAAAUA